UUUGGAGAAACUACAGCAUCAUGGAUGCUGUGGACAACACUGCGUACUUGGGAGGAGCUCAAACCAGCGAUAAUGAACAGCGUGUGGGAGAAGAUUUGGCCUGAGUGUGUUCAGGCCCAGCAUUUUUCCCGGGCAGAUAACAUUGCACAGCUUAAAAAAACCAUUGUGACCCUUGCCAGAAAUGUGGCCUUUGAGGAGGUUGCUGAGGCUGCUGUGGACCAGUUGCUGCAGUCCCAUGAAGAUCUCUCAAAUGAGGAACUAAUGCAGCUGGAACAGGAGCCGGCAGUGGGGGAGGAGGAGAGGGAAGAUGAUCCCUGGGCGCUGCGGCAGUUAACCACAGGAAGACUGUCGGCAGCCCUCUCGCAUUUCGAGGCUGGCUUGCAGGUCCUUGCUAGUAACAGCCCUAAUGAUGAAAACUUAGAGUUUCCAGAGCUAUCAGUGAUGCAAUAAACUGUUACCAGAAGCUGUACAAUGAGAAAAAGCACUGUUCAAAACAACUCUCUUAGGUCAUUUUUCCAUGUGUGUAACCAAAAGUUAAUCAGAACAAAGCAGAAGCACCAUGACGACCUCAACAGUGGAGACCCAGCCAGGCCUCUCUGCUCUGUGGUGUUCGACAUCCCUGGAAACCUUGCUGUUGGUAUUUCCAUUUUGAUGCUUGAGAGUAUCAAAUUUUGUCAUUAAAAUGUUAUUUAAAUACA